AUGCAAUACGCUCCUCAGUAUCAGAUGCGCUAUGCAUCUCCUCCACCCCCGGAACAACCUCCUGCACAAUCCGCAGUUCACACUCGAUUCUGUAUUCUCCGACCAGAAGGCCACUGGUCACCACUCAUCCCGCUUGACGAGCUUCCUUCCUGGCUACAAAUUUGCAACUGGACUCCCGACAUGCACAUGAGUCUGUAUCCAGUGUCCAUGAGUUUCAUUCCCCGGGAAGGAGAGUACGACGUGACCUGCAACCACUGCCUCCUUGGUGUUGAUCCCCAACACAAGAGCGUUUCAGAGCGUGGACCAUCUUCCGCCUCCAGUCGUGCCGCUCGUGUCAAAAAUUUCCCUGUGCAGUGCUAUUCACCUCCGAAGAUGCAACCCGAGCCUCGCACCAUGGCUACUGAAUUCGGUCUGACAUAUGGCAUAUUGGGACAGCCUCCAUUCCAUUCUAUGCUGCAGUCUCCUCUUGUUGGGAUGUGUUUGGUCGACAUGCAUGCUCAGGAAGAGGAACUUGCGGUGGUUUCGGACGGAAUCCCACCACGGAUGGGUGCUGAGAACUCUGUCCCAUCUGGGAGCUCUGACCAAACCAGUGCAGGUGUGGGAUUAUCCCCUGCUCUUCAUGCUGGUCCGGACAAUAGUGGUGACCCUUCUCUUUCCGCUGGUUCAUCUAGAAAUGUUCCGCAAAAGCCCAGGCCUGAUAUCCUAAAGCGUCACUCGCGACCAACCUCUGGACAUGAUGAUCAAUGGAUUGGCACUCCUCGGCGUGUUCUCUCAUUGCGAGGUGAUGGUCCCGCAUCUGCGCAUUCUGCUGCGGCUAUGGCUGCGGCUUUGGCUAAGCAUAUGCAGAGACGGCGAUCAAGACGGAUUUCCCGCACCAGCAGUCUUCAUCGGAGCGCCAUCAGCCUCCAUCAGAGUGCCAUCAGUCUUCAACGAAGCGUUAGCAGUCUUCAUCGGAGAACUACUACAGGUGCAGGUACUGUGGUAUCUGGGGUUCAAACCACCGACGCCUACACUCCCAAACCUCGCAUCUCCAAGGUCCCUUCGAUGCGGGUGAAAGUGAAGUCCAAAGCUCGUCACAAGGUCCGAAUGCAUCGUCAGGUAGCGGAAGACCAAAGAGCCCCGAUCUCUCUAGCCAUCUCUCCCAAGCCAUUGAGCGUUGUGGAGGUCCCGAAGCCAAAGCCAGAGCAGCCAAAUGCCGCAACCAAGAGACGGGAUCGCCGUGAACGGUUGAUGCGCAGAAGAAACCACACUGAUCGAGGCAGCCGAUACUGGCACAUGAUGAAGAUCCCAAAUUGGCAGACCGGUGUCUUAAAGUGUUGA